AUGGCAUCAAUAAUUACAUCAGGAUUAUUUAUAUUUGCACCAGUUAUUGGAUAUGUUUCACAAUAUAGGGAUAUUCAAAGAACAUCUAAUAGUGAUGGAUUUAGCACCAGAGUUUGUUUAAUUCUAUUGUUGUCCAAUAUAUUACGUUGUUACUUUUGGAUUGGUAAACAAUUUGAUAUUACACUUUUAUAUCAAUCAAUAGUUAUGAUCAUUGCACAACUAUUAAUGCUUCAUCUAUGCAUUUCAAUUAAAUCAAGAGAAUCUGUAACAAAUUCAAAAUCCAGAAGAUCAAAUAAACAAUUUAAUUUUCAAACCAACACAACAAAAACAACAAUAACAAAUAUAAUACCAAACAACAACAAUAACAACAAUAACAACAACAACAACAAAACAUCAAAUAUAACAAUUGAUAAUAAUGAUAAUAAUAGCAAUGAAAAUAUUAUAAAUAAUAAUAAUGAUAAUGAUAAUAACGAUAAUGAAAUAAUAAUAACUACAAUGAAAAGUAGUAAUAAUAAUACUAAAAACCACCACAUUUUUUUAAAUCCAGGUUAUUUUCAAAACUUUUGGGAAUGGGAUAAUUUUGGUGCAUAUACUAUUUUCUUGGGUGUAUACUCUGCAAUCUUUUUAUUAUUGACAACAGUUUAUUUAUACUCACCAAGUUAUUUCGAAUAUUUGGGUACCUUAUCAUUAACAAUUGAAUCUAUCCUUGGUUUACCACAAUUAAUUCAAAAUUAUAAAAAAAGAUCAACUAAAGGUUUAAGUCUUGUUUUAAUUUCAUCAUGGUUUAUUGGUGAUUUAUUUAAAACUUUGUAUUUUUAUUAUAAAGAUCAACCAUCCCAAUUCAUUUUCUGUGGUACUGUUCAAUUAAUUAUAGAUAUUUUAAUUUCCCUUCAAAUUAUUUAUUAUAAAUAA